GUUUCUAUUUUGCCGCGACUUACUUACUUACUUACUUAUUUAAUAAAUAAUUAUUUUUAUUUUGAACUUGACUGCUUGCUUCCCUGCACUUUGGUCCAAACCUGACAGUCAGAUCCUAUUGCCCUGCCUUGAUCUAUCCAUUAGUCAGGAUCAAACUUUUACUCCACAUUGUGGUUGUUCAAAAAAGCUGGCCGUGCAGCAAAGCGGCCACCUGCUCCGAGCGCACAGAGCCCAUCCAUCACACACACAGCUCUCUUCUCCACGUGCACACACUGGUUCUCCUUUUAAAGCCACUGCUCAGACGUGCCCUGCGCGACAGGUUCCUCAGUGGACGCGCGCGCACACGGGCCCCCCCACAGAGGACCUGAACCCUGAUUUUAAACCUGGAGACUGAUGGUAAAGGAGGAGGAGGAGAUUCUGCGCUGCGCCAUCUGAGAGAGACACCGAGGAGGAGAGAGGGUUGGGACCGGGAGGAAGAGCCGAAGGGAGGGAAGGAGGAGAGAAACACCCACACUGGACUGAUCUUAUCUGAGCAAGAGGGAGAAAAGGAGAGAGAGAGGAAGGAGGAGGAGGAAGAGGAGCGCAUUGGGAGGCAGCAGCAGACACAUUUCACUGGAUUUCCUUUUGGGGAUUAAAGGACGCGCUGAAUCCAUGAGUGCAGAGGUUUAGAGGGCUGCCGAGGAUGUUGCCGACAGGAGAGGUCAGGUGGCGUUUGUGGGCCCCGUUGGUGGUACUGGCCCUUGUUUCCUGGCACCCCAGCAGGGCACAGGGUCAGGUUUCAGCUCCACGGAGGCUGCGUUUUAAAGUGCAGAGUCCCAGCAAACUCCUUGUUUCAUGGCGGGAGCCCAAAGGAGACGUUGACAGCUAUUUAUUUUUCUACAACAGCAUACCAGGUGGUCAACAGAAGGAGGUCAUAGUGUCUAAAUCGGACACAAACGUGUUAAUAACAGACUACAAACCUUCAAGGGAGUAUGUUUUCAGUGUUAUUGCUGUUCGAGGCAGAAAGCAGAGCAGUCCGCUUCACGGCAGAUUUAAAGCUCAUAAAGUUGAAAGAGGUGAUGGGCGAGAUCAGACUGAGCCUCAUCGGCAGACAGACCCAGCUGGACCUCCUGACGAUGCCAACGAGAUCUCUGGAGCUGAUCAGUUCGUGUGUCGCACUGAAGCCAUUGCAGAUAUUGUGAUUCUGGUGGACGGCUCGUGGAGCAUUGGUCGGAUCAAUUUCAGACUGGUCCGCACGUUUCUGGAAAUUUUGGUCAAUGCCUUUGACGUUGGCAUUGAUAAGACAAGAAUAGGUCUGGCACAGUACAGCGGGGAUCCCAGGAUAGAGUGGCAUCUUAAUACGUACUCCACCAAGGAUGCAGUCRUUGAAGCAGUCAGGAAUCUGCCCUACAAAGGAGGAAACACUCUCACAGGCCUUGCACUAAAUUUUAUAUCUGAGCACUGUUUCAAAUCGGACUUUGGCUCACGGGUCGGUGUGCCAAAGAUUGGGAUCCUCAUCACAGAUGGAAAAUCACAGGAUGAUGUAAUCCCACCAGCAGAAAGCCUGCGGGAGGCUGGUGUCGAGCUGUUUGCUAUUGGUGUAAAGAAUGCUGAUGAGAAUGAGUUGCGCUCCAUCGCCUCGGAGCCAGAGGACACUCACGUCUACAAUGUGGCUGACUUCAACGUUAUGAGCUCGAUAGUUGAGGGACUGACGAAAACAGUGUGUGAACAAGUGGAGCAGCAAGACAAAGAAAUCAAGCAGAAAGAGAAAACUGGAAUGCCWUUUAAACUGGAGACAUCAGAGGUCACUGCCCAAAGCUUUCGAGUCUCCUGGAGCCCUGCACCUGGAAACGUUAGAAAGUACCGAGUGGUUUAUUAUCCUGUUCAGGAAGACGAACCACAGGAGGCUGUGGUGGUCGGCAGUGAGACGUCGGUGGUGUUGCAGCAUCUCAGCUCUCUGACUGAGUACCAGCUCGCUGUGUAUGCUGUGUACGCAAAUGAGGCAAGUGAAGCUCUGAGAGGAUCAGAAACGACCUAUGAACGUACCUGACACAGUGACAGACGUGGAGCUGGACGGCUUGAUGCCUGAAACUGAAUACUCUGUMACUGUUUUUGCCAUGUAUGGAGAGGAGGCCGGUGACCCUGUUACACAACGGGAAACCACGUUACCGCUGAAUCCUCCCAAGAACCUCCAGUUUUCUGACGUCACUCACAACUCCGCCCACAUCAGCUGGGACCAAGCAUCCGGUGGAGUUAAAGGUUACCGCAUCAAGUGGGUCAUGGCAGAUGGACAAGUCGCAAAGGAGGUGGACGUGGGUCCAGUGAGUUCCUACGACCUCAGAGAGCUGACGUCUCUGAUGGAGUACUCUGUGGCCAUCUUUGCUCUGUACGACGACGGGCAAUCAGAGCCGCUCACAGACGGCUUCACUACCACACCGGUGCCGGGUCCUUUAAAUCUGCGCUCCAGAGAUGUUGGUGCGGACAGAUUUAAGGUCAGCUGGGAUCACUCGACAGAGGACAUUGUUCUCUACAGACUCUCCUGGGCGCCAUUYGCUGGUGGCGACACAACGGAGGUGAUUCUGAGUGGAGGUGAAAACGAAUACAUCGUCUCAGAUCUCAGUCCAUCCACUGAAUACGAGGUCAUGCUGACGGCCAUAUUCKCAGACGAAUCGGAGAGUGACACCGUCUCUGUCAUAGAGACCACAUUGGCCACGAUGCCAACGCCGACUACAGUGGAGCGGAAGGCUGUGAAAAACCUUUACCUGAGUGGCGAGACCACUCAGAGUUUGGAUGCAUCGUGGGAGAUGGAUGACCCCAAUGUGGCGAGCUACAGGGUUUCCUUCAUCGGCCUCAGCAAGGACCAAAAGGAGAAGUUUUGUUCCUCGGUGUCUCCGGCUUGUCCACCUACCAAGUGCGUCCGAACAGCAUGUGUGUUCAAUGGCAGCCUCUUCUACACGCUACCAUGUACAGAGUCUCCAUACAGUCCACACUCAAUGGUCAGAGGCAGGAAGUGAACCUGGGCGGUGCAGCUUCCCGCCAGUGUUUCUAUGACCUCACACCUAGCAGCCAAUACCAGAUCAGCGUUUACGCACAGAUGCAAGAAGUGGAGGGACCGUCGGUGUCCGUUACUGACAUGACACUGUCUGCACCCACUCAGGGUCCAACCGAACCCCCCACCACAGAGCCCCCUCCCACCAUCCCACCUGCAAAAGAAGUGUGCAAGGAGGCCAAAGCUGACCUGGUGUUCCUGGUUGAUGGCUCCUGGUCCAUCGGAGAUGAUAAUUUCAUGAAGAUCACCCGUUUCCUCUACAGCACCAUGGGGUCAUUGGAUCUGAUUGGACCAGAUGGCACCCAGGUGGCCGUUGCUCAGUUUAGCGACGAUGCUCGGACAGAAUUCCAGCUGAGUUCCCAUGGCAACAAGGAAGCCCUGCUGGAAGCCAUUCAGAAGAUCAGCUACAAGGGAGGAAACACCAAGACAGGUCGAGCCAUCAAACAUGUGAAAGAAUCCAUUUUCACUCAGGCAGCAGGAGCCAGGAGAGGCGUUCCAAAGGUCCUGGUGGUUCUGACUGAUGGGCGUUCACAAGACGAYGUCAACAAAGUCUCAAAGGAUAUGCAAACGGAAGGCUACAUCAUCUUUGCAAUCGGCUUUGCGGAUGCAGACUACGGCGAGCUGGUGAAUAUUGCCAGUCAGCCCAGCGAUCGGCACGUGUUUUUCGUGGAUGAUCUGGAUGCUGUGAAGAAAAUAGAGGAGCAGCUCAUCACCUUUGUCUGCGAGGCUGCCACUGCCACGUGUCCGUCAGUGUUGAUGAGCGGUAACACAAUGGCAGGUUUCCGAAUGAUGGAGAAGUUUGGCCUGGUGGAGAAAGAAUACAGCGCCAUAGCUGGAGUUUCUCUGGAGCCCGGUUCCUUCAACAGCUACCCCUGUUACAGGUUACACCGGGACGCUCUGGUGCUGCAGCCCACAAGGUACCUUCAUCCUGAAGGUUUACCAUCUGACUACACCAUUUCUAUGAUGCUGCGUUUACUUCCUGAGACUCCGCAGGAGCCCUUUGCAUUGUGGGAAAUCCUCAACAAAGACAACGAGCCGAUGGUUGGCUUGAUUCUUGACAACUCUGGAAAGACGUUGGCUUUCUUCAACUACGACUACAGAGGAGACCUCCAGACCGCUACCUUUGAGGGAUCAGAAAUUAAAAAGAUUUUCCAUGGCAGCUUUCAUAAGCUUCAUGUCACAAUCAGUAAGACGUCGGUGAAGGUGGUGUUGGACUGUUCUGUGGUGGGAGAGAAACCAAUCAGGGCCUCUGGGAACAUCACCACAGACGGAGUGGAGGUCCUCGGACGAAUGGUUCAAUCCCGAGGCAAACGAGACAGCACUGCGCCCUUCCAGCUGCAGAUGUUUGACAUCAUCUGCAGCACGUCCUGGGCCAGUAGAGAUAAGUGCUGUGAGCUGCCCGCACUGAGAGUUGAAGAGCAGUGUCCUCCCAUGCCUCACGCCUGUACCUGCUCCCAGGACAGCAAAGGACCUCCAGGACCCUCCGGACCCCCUGGUGGACCAGGAAUAAGAGGACCCMGAGGAGACAGAGGGGAGUCAGGAGUGAUGGGACCUCAAGGGCCUAUGGGAGAAGCUGGCCCACCUGGACCUUCAGGACCGCCUGGUCCUCAGGGACCCAAUGGACUCUCCAUUCAGGGACCCCCAGGCACCCGUGGGGAGAAAGGAGAGAGAGGAGAAAUCGGAUCAGCGGGACCAAUGGGUGUUCCUGGAAGUCCCGGCUCACCAGGCAGAGAUGGCCCACCMGGACUGAGGGGUCAGCCCGGUAACAGUGGACCUCAAGGACGACAGGGACCCCCAGGACCUAUUGGAGUCCCAGGAGCUCCAGGUGCUCCAGGACCAGGUGGAUCCUCAGGGCAUCCAGGAGAUCAGGGACUUCCUGGCUCGGCUGGUACUAAAGGAGAUAAAGGAGAAAGAGGUGAGGUGAUGUCCCAGUCUGCAGUCAGAGCCAUUGCACGACAAGUGUGUGAGCAGCUCAUCCAAAGUUAUUUGUCUCGCUACAACUCCAUCUUAAACCAGAUCCCCCUCCAGUCAUCAACAUCAGUCAGAACGGUACCAGGACCGCCUGGAGAGCCGGGUAGGAGAGGUCCUCCUGGUCCUCAGGGAGAGGCGGGCCCUCCUGGCAGGCCCGGUUUCCCCGGUACCAACGGUCAGAAUGGCCAACCAGGUGAAAGAGGUUUAGCAGGAGAGAAGGGCGACAGAGGGAGUCCAGGCGUUGGGAGCCAGGGCCCUCGAGGACCACCCGGUCCUCCUGGUUUGCCAGGUGAAGGACGAACAGGCAGCCAGGGGCCGCCUGGUCGGCCCGGUAACCCAGGUACAGCAGGGAGACCCGGUAAUCCAGGAGCCACGGGACCCGCUGGCCCACCGGGAUACUGCGAUCAGAACUCGUGUCUAGGAUACAACGUUGGAGUCCAAGCCCUCCCUCACGGCGACUACCAGCCCUACAGAGAGCGGUACGACCCCGCUGCAGUCGCUUACGGCCACGACCGAGGAGGGGGCGAGGAGGACCAAGAGGAGGACCAGGACCCUUAUGGUUACCCCUCUCCGUUGGCCUAUGGUCACUACCCGGGCCACUCUGAGGACGUGGAGCUGAGGUCACCGGGUGUGGUCAGGAGGUAUUCGCGUGAUGUCAUCAUGGAGGAGAGCGAGUAUGGACGACCGAAGAAGGGCGGACUCACCUUAAGUGCUUGAGCCCUAAAAGCCACAACACACACA